AUGAAACCGGUGCUUUCGGUAAUACUGGUCCUGUUUCUCGUCAUUCUUGCGGUUGAUUGCUCAUCAGUAUACGGUGGCCGUGUCAACAAACGUUAUUAUGAUGCAUGGGAAGCGGAAGGCGAAGCUGGACAUAAUAGCGAAUCCGCUAAAGGUGUUCCUAUGCGCCAGCAAAGUUUUAGUAAGGGUGAUCCAUGCGAAAAUAAACCACUUUGGUUCUUGAAAUCUCAAGUACGUCUUGGCAAAUUAUCACCAUUUUAUGAUUGUCUUACCGGAUAUGGAAUGGAAAGAAAAUAA